AUGAAUUUAUUUAUUAAAAUCAUUAUAAUAAGUGCAUUAAUAGCAUCAGUUGCAUGCCAAACCUCCAGAAAAACAACAAAAAACAACAAGAAUGCAAAUUCGAACCGAUCCAGUAACAAAGAUGAGGAAGCCAGAACACUUGGUCUAUUAAGACCAUUAAUUGGUCUUGGAUUAGGUGGUGCGCUUGGUGGUGGCUUAGGCGGUGGUUUAGGCGGUGGAUUACCUGGUAUUAGACCACCUGUUAGUUAUGAUGUACCAAUUCAGCCUAUAAGACCACCAAAACGCAAACGUCCAGGAGUUAAUGGAAAUACACAGUCAGAUCCGAUUUAUGGCGGUUACGGUGGAUAUCCUUAUUAUGGCGGAGGCUAUCAGCAACAGUUUGGUUAUCCAGGUUUUGGUGGCUAUGGCGGUGGUUAUUAUCGUCCACAACCAGUGGCAUAUCCAGGAUAUGGUGCCGCAUAUCCAAACUAUGGAGGUUUUGGUGGAAAUCAGUUUGGCUAUGGAGGCUAUCAACAACCAGCUUACGGAGGAUUGGGCGGAUUGGGCGGAGUGAGUAAUUUUGCAGGCUUAGCUACAAAUACUGCAGGUAAUGGUGCUAGUGUGAGCACUGCUAUUGAUGGAGCCACUGCAAGUGGUCCUGCUAACACAGCACAAGCUGCACAACUAGCUGGUUUACUAGGACAAGCGCUAGGAAGUAGUUUAAGGCCCUUACUUGCUAAUGGAGGAGCUGCAGGUGCCGCAGGUGUACCAGGUGCAGCAGGAGCAACACCGGGUGGUGCAAAUCCAUUAGCUGGUCUUUUAAGUUUAUUGGGCUAA